AUGGGGAGGAGUGUGGUCGUCUGUGGAUUCCCUCGAGACGUGAAGCAGGCGCAGAGCUACGAGGACAAGAUGGGAGACCCGAGCCUGGUGCUGCUGCUCAGCUGCUCCCCUGAGACCAUGACCCAGAGAGGGCUGCGCUGUGGGACCCGGCCCGGGACAGACCGGCCCGGGACAGACCGGCCCGGGACAGACCGGCCCGGGACAGACCGGCCCGGGACAGACCGGCCCGGGACAGACCCGGAGGCAGAGAAGGAGGAGAGCAGCGAGCAGUUCAUCCAGGAGAGCAGAGCUGUCACACAGUACUACGAGGACAAGCACCUGCUCACCACGAUCGAUGCAGAGCGUUCAGCAGAUGAGGUGUUCUCUCACAUUUCUCGAGCUCUGGAGAGUUUCUUCUGA